GGUGAAAUAGCUGAAAUAGCUGAAACAAGGAAAGGACGUAUCAGUAGGGUAUUUUAUUAUUAGUCUUCACAGCACGAUGACCUUACGUCUCGUGGCAUUUAUUCAAUCAGCUUGUGAGGCUUUCUAACGUGUAGUUAGCCCUUUAAAAGGCUGCUCAGCCAACUGCCUGUAGCCUUUUUCUACCGAAAGGCUAGGCUACAUCACAAGUCUACACCUUGCAGCCUUAUCGUGGUGGUAUACAUCGGUAGCAUAGGCCAUGGAGGAUCACGCACUAUAUUCAGCACCAUCAACGCCUAAGCCAACAGAUAACGAGCUCUCAUCACCGGCGAGAUCAAGCCCAGUACUUGGCUCGGAAUUCACUUACAAAAUGUCUGAUGGAGAAACACGCCAGUUGAUAAAAUUAAGAGCAUCUAACAAAAAACUUUUCACUGGGCAGAAGCAUUCAGCAAGACUUGCUUGGAGGGUGAUUUUAAAGGAGAUGUGCCUUCAGAAAAAGCUCUCCACUCACCAAGCAAAGAAGAAAUGGGAUAACCUUCUAAAUAAAUACAAGGAGCUAAAGAACCCGCCGCCCGGUAUCAUGGUCAUCCCCAGUGCCUGGCGCUGGUUUUCGGUGAUGGACGAUGCCAUGGAGGGCCGGCUGGACAACAGCGCCCCCGAGUUGUCCAUUAUGUCCGUUGCGGCCAGCCGCGACUCAGAUUUCAAACCCAACAAGCCGUGCUCUAGACGGUACGUCGGCACCGUCAGGAAGGAGCCUGUGGCAACGCAGUCAGUGGCAAUGCAGCCCGCGGCAACGAUGACGUCGCUGCCGCGAGCGAACGAGAUCGAGUUCUUGGUGAACGACAACGACAUCUUGUGGACACCGGAAGGCGUUGCAGGGGAUGCGUCGCAGCAGGAGAUGGACAGCAGCGACAGGCGGGAUAUCGAGCAGGAGAGGGCGCAGCUGGACAACGACCGGGCACUGGUGGAGAGGGAGCGUGAGCUGCUGGAGCGAGAGAGGAUGGUGCUGGAGCGCGAGCACGUCGGCCUUGAGAGAGAGCUCGCCGCCUUGGACCGAGACCGGGCCGCCGUCGAGAGAGAAAGGGCGUCCGUGGAGAGAGACAGGGCUGCGGUGGAUCGGGAGAGGGCCGUGUUGGAGAAAGAGAUGGCAAGACAGGAGAGAUACAGGCUAGAGAUUGGCCGCAACAAUAUGGUCAGUAGCAGGGACUAUACAGCUGCUGCAGUGAAUGGCAGAACAAACAUGUCCGAUGGGAUCAGUCAUGUGACACUUGAUCCAGAAUGUCUGGAGAGGAGGCAGAAGUUCCUAGACUUGUUUGAGAAACUCUUGGAGAAAUUCUGAUUCUCUAAAUCUAAGAGUCUUUUCCUUUUUCUAAUGCUAACAUUACAAACUCUAAAACCAAGCUAGGCUAAUGGUACUAUGGAGUGGAGUGAGUGUUACUCUUAAGUUCUCAGCUUAUUUAACAGUUUUGUUAAGCAGUUAGCAAUGUUUAAAAACAUGGCAUUGACAUGUUAUACUUAAGUUGUAGUUCAUCAGUCUUCCUCCUAACUUAAGCUCAUUUAUAAUAAAAACGUUGAGCCAUCCCUGUUUUGGAGAGGUCACCAAAACAACUUUAUUCAAUUGUGGUAUUUCCAUACAAAGUACACAAUAGCAGACUAUGAUUCACCCCCAAACCAUUCCCACAAACCCCCUCAGUCACACAGAAGCCAUGAAAUAUUUAUGUGAAGGCUAUUGUGCAUGUUUUAAAACAACACUUUGAAAUGUAAUAUACCAAAUAUUGCAAUUCAUGUAAAAAAGCUAUUUAAAGAAUAUAUAUUUUUUAUAUUACAGUACAGACUUUACAACAAAUGAUUGUGUUAGAAUGCUUAUUUUUUUAUUGCAUUAGAUAAUCAAAUUUUCCUUUCAACGAAUCCUUAAGCUCCAGCUUGAAUGAUUUUAGGCAUUUUUCAGGAAGUGUGAAUUAACUGCACAUUAAUAUUAUCACUUUAUUUUACAAAACAAACACAUUUGAACAAUGUCACCACUGGUCAUCUUAGCCAGUCCUGGACAGGAAUAAAAAUACAAUAAACAAAAUAUUUUUGAUUGAUUGAUUGAUUGAUCAAUAAAACUGAUUCAUAGUUUA